AGCCCACAGAGGCUCGGAUGAGGAAGUAGCCACACUGAUACGUGCGCUGAGAAGGACAGCAACAAAAAAGUUUACCCCGGAGUCCCAGCAGCCAUGAAGCUUCGCCUGCACUUUGUGGUAGACCCCAUGGGCUGGCUGUGUAUCAGCAUGGUGUUUGGGAUCUGGCUCUACAACACUUUCUUUAUUCCUAAACUGGUUCUACUUCCACACUACAAUGAGGGACACAUCCCCUGGGCUAUAGUAGUUUGUUAUUACAUCGCAUCAACCCUCUGCAUAGCGGCCCUAUUCAGAGCUUCCACAGCAGAUCCCGGCCGUCUUCCUGUGGACCCCCACAUACCUCACGCAGAGCGAGAACACUGGGAGUUGUGCAAUAAGUGCAACUUAAUGAGACCCAAAAGGUCCCACCACUGCAGUCGUUGUGGCCAUUGUGUACGCAGAAUGGACCAUCACUGUCCUUGGAUCAAUAACUGUGUGGGAGAAGACAACCACUGGCUCUUCCUGCAGCUCUGUUUCUACGCUCAGGUCCUCAGUUUGUUCACCCUGGUGCUGGACUUCUGCCAGUACUAUUACUUUCAGCCACUUACAGGGCAAGACCAGGAGAAGUUUACAACACGCCAUGAACUGGCUCUGCUGCGAGUCUCAGCGCUAAUGGGUUUGGUCAUGUUUGGUGGCAUGACCAGCUUGUUUUACACUCAGUUGACAGGCAUCCUCUCUGAUACUACCACCAUCGAGAAAAUGGCUCAGUUCUCAAAUGAAAUAUAUGGCUCAAAGAAAUCAUGGCAGUGGGCGCUAGCUGAAGUUUGCGGCACUCGCUGGAAACUCCUGUGGCUCGUCCCGCUCCGAAGCAGACAGCCGAUCCAAGCCAGCCACCACUUCCGCACCCAUGUGUAGGCCGAUAGCACUACAGUUACCUCCUGUCUGCCUAGAUACUAGUGGGCUGCCAUGAUGAAACAAUCGAUAUACACUUUGGAAUCCAUCUGCUGGCCUUCACCGUCCUCUUUUAUACUAUGAGAGCUGGGCAGCAGUCUUGGUUUCCGGAAACCGUAAGCUUUUUUUUGUUGCCUUUCUCUACAAGGACCAGACUGUCAGUAAACAGGGUCAAGAAACACCUAUGGGAGUGAUGGGAAAAUGUUGCUUUUUUUUUUACUCACUGUGACUGCUACUUUCAGCUUUGGAAACCACCUUAAAUGGCUAAUUGCAUCAGAAGGAUGGAAGUCUUCACCUGAAAGCAGCUGGCAAAAGGGACCCCUCUCAGGUUACUUUAACAAAGAGCCUUUACUACUGACCUUUAAUCAGCUACAGGCAGAACAGUGUGUCUAUUAGGAAGGCAUUUUUUUGUAUAAGGUUUGUGCCUUUUUUUCUUUUACUGUAACUAUGUCAGUUUUAUUUGUCAUGCAUGUGCAGUGUAUUUGUUUUUAUGUUUUUCUGGCUGGUGAUUUUCCAGCUUUGAAACUUCUGGUGAAGGGAUCUGGGCGUCAAAUGCAUUCCUUAUCAUUUGAUGAUUUAUGAAUGUUUUCUUGCAUUGUUCUAUGAACGUUUUAUCUAUGGAGUGAUGUUUUAUGAAGCAUGGCCACGGAACAAAGUUCGUAACUUGAAUACUGAUACGUGACACUUUUAUGACACAUGACCAGCCGGGUAUGAAGAUGUGUAAUAGCAAGCAGACAGUAUCACUUCACCAUGCUAUGGUAAAUGUCCAAAAUUAGACACAAGUUUGUACUAUCAAUCUCAGUACAUAUAUAUGUCGUAGACAAACCUGCUGUAUAAUCAAGUUGUUUCUUUGAGUAUAACAAACAUUCCUCUGCAAAUUAAUAUCAUGACCUGAUCAUAGAAAUCCUUAUUGAAAGGGUUUGAGUGUCAUAUACUAUCAAACAUAAAGAUUAAGAUUAAAUGACUGUUUAUAUUAAAAGAACGGUUUGACAUUUUGGGAUUUAUACACGUAUUUGCUUUCUUGCAAAGAGUAAGAUGAGAAGGUCAAUACUCUCAUGCCAGAAAGUGGUAUCGAGUUAAUCAUUUAACUCAAGCAGAUACUCCGAAAUAUGUAACUGUUCCUUUAAAUUGGUCUGUUUAGCUUGUCAGCUCUGUCAACCAUAGCACUUAUAAUGCAAUAGCACACAUUACUUUUGAACACGUUAAUUGUGAUUUUAGUGCUGUAGCUGUCAUAGUUAGGUCUUCAAUGUGUCUGAACAAAUGGAUUCAUAAAUGCAUAUCUUUAUCAGUAAUACAAAAGCUAGUCAACACUUGACACAACACUGAUUUAUUUAUGAUGGUUUGCUGUUAUGCUAUUGUACUGUUCAGAGAUUUUAUUGAAUUCUUGAACAGGAUACUUAAGUAGAAGAUAAUUUAGUGCUCAUAAUACUGGCAUAGCAUGGUUGUCAGUGUCUUUAAUACUCGGGAAUCACAUAGAGAAACCUGUAUGUAAACAAAGCUUGCCAUAUGUGGGAAAUAUAAAAAUAUCCAAGUAGUUUUAAGUGCCUUUUCUAGGUCUUCUUUUUACUCUCACAGUACAUCGUCAUCACGUCGGUCUCCAUAAAAGCCAAAGACCUGGAGAAAUGUUGCAAUAGUCAGCGAGCGAUCACUAAAUGCAUGUUUCACCAAAUUUGUGAUGGUAGCGGUUUUAUUAUGCACUGAUUUCCACACUAGCGCACAGUCUGUUUUUCUGCAUCAAUGGUACUCUUGAAAGAAAGUCUUCACUAAAAGUUGUUGUGUUUUAUGUGUAAAUUAUGUUUUAUUCAUAUCUUAAAUCUGAUUGUUGGCAUUUGCAUGAGUGUGUGUUGAUAACUUUGCUCAGUGGUUUUUAUAACUCAGAUUCAGGUUCUUGGAUGCUUUUUUGGAUGAUUACAUUUUUUUGUCUGUUUUUUUAUUUGGUGGUUGGAUAAUGAGUGGGCAAAUGUGUGUGCUGGCAUUAAAUGAGGGAGUACUGAUAAAUUACAUUCAGUUUCUUUUACGAAUAUUUUUUGAAAGCAAUAAGCAUUGUGUAUAAGUAAAGCCAUCUGUAUUGUUACAACAGUAGUGAAAAUAUUAUAUAUAUUGUGAAGUAUGUAAACUGGGUAGAAGAGUUAUUAUUACUCACUAUCCAGGGAUUACCAGACUUAAACAUGCGUCUAUACUUCAGUAACCUAAGCCAAGUUUAUCACUACUGUAGCUGCUGUGUAUAGUUUUACAUUAUAUCCUUAAUAAACAGCAUGUCAGCCUCAACACCUGAUGUUGCUACAAAUAAAAAAAUACACAUGCUUGAGUUAAUUGAUUUGAAUCCAGACUUUUGGAGGGGCUGUGCACUGCUCACUCUCUUCCCCUCACAGCUGUUAACUGGCGUCCCACAGGGCUCUCGGUUUGGAUCACUGUAGUUUUGUUCAAAUUGUUCAUUUGCUGUUUUCAGAAUGGGUUUCCAUUU